AAGUAGAAAUUUCCUAUUGCAUAAUCACUUUUUAUGAUGAAAAUCGCGUUUGCUUUUGUGAUCGAUGAGUUUUUUGCAAGGAAUCAUUGAUUCCUUUAACUCUGUUUUCUCUCCUCAAUCUUCUUCUUCUUUUUCUCAAACCAAUUUCAGUGCUUCUUCUUCAUCAUCAAUGGAAGCUUCACCUUCUCCUUCUUCUUCGAUUUCCAACGAACGCGUCGCGUAUAAGCUGAAAGGCUACUACGAUUUAGCCACACAAGAGAUCGAUAAAGCUGUUAGGGCUGAAGAAUGGGGUUUGAUCGAUGACGCUAUUCUUCACUACAGGAAUGCUCAUAGGAUCCUUCUCGAAGCUAAUUCUACUCCUGUUCCUUCAUUCAUCACUCCCAGUGAGAAACAGAAGGUACAAUCAUAUCGUCAGAAGAUAUCAAAAUGGCAGGGACAAGUUUCUGAGAGAUUGCAGGCUCUCAGUAGACGAGCAGGUAGCUCAUUUGCCAAUCAGAGCACCUCAAACCGUGCACAAACUGCUGCAGUUCCAACUAAACUAUCAAAUACUACAAAAAAAGUGCUACAAAAGAAUCCUCAAAGAAAAGAUGAGGUGAAUAAAGUUCAAAGCCCGAAACCUAGUCAAACAUCUGGUGAAAAUUAUGAUACGAAACUGGUUGAAAUGAUUAACACUGCCAUUGUAGAUAGAAGUCCUUCUGUUCGAUGGGACGAUGUUGGUGGCCUAGAAAAGGCAAAGCAAGCUUUAAUGGAGAUGGUUAUUUUGCCAACAAAGAGAAGAGACUUGUUCACUGGUCUUCGAAGACCAGCUAGAGGUUUGCUUCUCUUUGGUCCGCCUGGUAAUGGUAAGACCAUGCUUGCCAAAGCAGUGGCUUCAGAAUCGGAAGCAACAUUUUUUAAUGUCACGGCAGCUUCCUUGACGUCAAAAUGGGUGGGUGAAGCUGAAAAGCUUGUACGGACACUAUUCAUGGUAGCUGUAUCGAGACAGCCAUCUGUAAUUUUCAUUGAUGAGAUUGAUAGUAUAAUGUCAACAAGAACGACAAAUGAAAAUGAGGCCAGCAGACGACUAAAAUCUGAAUUCCUUAUCCAGUUUGAUGGGGUGACAUCCAAUCCUGAUGACAUUGUGAUUGUAAUUGGUGCGACCAAUAAGCCGCAGGAAUUGGAUGAUGCAGUUCUUAGGAGACUGGUUAAGAGAAUAUACGUACCUUUACCAAAUGAAAAUGUUAGGAAACUUCUGCUGAAACACAAACUCAAGGGUCAAGCAUUCUCUUUACCUAGUAGAGAUCUAGAGAUGCUUGUAAGAGAAACUGAAGGAUACUCUGGAAGUGAUCUGCAAGCCUUGUGUGAAGAAGCUGCAAUGAUGCCAAUUAGAGAGCUGGGUUCUAACAUUCUUACUGUCAAGGCAAAUCAGGUAAGAGGACUGAGGUAUGAGGACUUCAAGAAAGCAAUGGCUGUGAUCAGACCAAGUUUAAACAAAAGUAAAUGGGAAGAGCUUGAGAGAUGGAAUGAGGAGUUUGGCUCAAAUUGAAGUCUUAUUAAAAAACAUGCUAUGAUUUUUGCAUGUGCUUAAAAUUCAAAACAAAUGUACAUUAACUGAAAUAUAGAGCAAGACAAGGGCACCAAAGUUUAGGGUAAAAUUAAUCAUGUUGAAACUAUUUAUUGAUGGCUAUCCUGAAAUCAUAUUGCCUUGAAGGCUUUGUUUUGAAUUUAGGGACCUGGCAACACAGCCUUAAAUGGAACGGCUGCCAUUAUUAUAUUAUAUUUACACGUGUAUAUUAUUAUAAAUUAGUUUUUAAAACUUCCA